GUGGCUAACUGUUUAAACUUUCAUUUUCGUCGCUCUUGGUCGGCCGUCGCCAGUCGCCACGCACGCACACAGACAAAUAGCACAGAGAAAAAGGAAGAAACAGAGAGGACAGAGCACAGAGUGUAGUCCCUGGUAGCUUCUCUUCGAUCAAUCUCCCCUAUUGAGAGAUCGACGGAACAAACCCACAAAGCAUUUUCAUACGCAGGUAUUAGUGUGGUUUUUGGAGAAUGGGAGGUAAUGGAGUUGAUGAAUAUUGUAUGGGCGCUGAGGUGGAAAGUUCUGAGACCACCAUCGAGAUUAAAAUAAAAACAUUGGAUUCUCAAACCUACACUUUACGAGUGAAUAAACAGAUGCCGGUACCUGCUUUGAAAGACCAGAUUGCUUCUGUUACUGGUGUGUUAUCAGAAAAACAGCGUCUAAUAUGCCAUGGGAAAGUUCUGAAGGAUGAUCAACUUCUGUCUGCCUACCAUGUUGAAGAUGGUCACACUUUGCACCUAGUCGUCAGAGAGCCGAUGCCAUCAUCAUCUGAGAGCUUACCAGGUCAUCCAGCUGAUACUGUUCCAAGCACUGGGCGCAGUCAAGAAAGUCCAAUGUCGCAUAGUGUUGUAGUUGAAACUUUCAGUAUGCCUGACCAUGGGGAUGGGGUGCUUCCAGAUAUCAGUCGGAUUGUUUCAGCUGUUCUUGGUUCUUUUGGAAUCAAUGGCGUUGGCACUGGCAGUGGAAGGGUUGAUGUCGGGGUACAUCGCCCAGAAGGAAUUGAAAGAACUCCGAGUGGCAUUAAUAUGACAGAUUCAACCCAACUGCAUCCUGGUAUGAGGAGUGAAUCUGCUAUAUCAGAUGGUACUUUAAGAAUUCCAACAGCUGUUUCUUUGGGCCCUUUGCAACCACCUGUAAUACCUGAUUCUUUGACAACUUUGUCUGAGUAUUUAAGUCAUUUGAGGCAUGAAAUUGGUGCCAGUGCAGGUGAAGGCAGGGGAAGCAAUGUCCAAGCUGCUGGCAUGCAUGGGAAUGAAGAAAGAGAAUCUAGAUCUGCAUCUCAUUCAAGGAUGGUGCAAGAGGCGCUUCCUACACCAGCAUCAUUGGCAGAAGUGUUGUUGUCCACAAGACAAAUGCUGAUUGAACAAACUGGAGAUUGCCUUUUUCAACUUGCUAGAGAACUGGAAAAUCAAGUAACUGUGACUGAUCCUGUAGCACGGUUGAGCACUCAGACUAGUGCAUGGAGAACCGGAGUCUUAAUUCAAAAUUUAGGUGCUUUUUUUCUUGAACUUGGUCGUACAACAAUGACGCUGCGACUAGGUCGCACACCGUCUGGAGCAGUGGUUAAUGCUGGACCUGCUGUCUUCAUAUCCCCAUCUGGUCCUAAUCCUCUAAUGGUUCAGCCUCUACCUUUUCGACCAGGAGCAAGUUUUGGCACAAUCCCCUCAGGAACUAUGCAGGCUGGCUCUACUUUGUUUAAUGGACUUGGUAAUGGGGUGUUUCCAAGGCGUAUUGAUAUACAAAUACGGAGAGGCUCAUCACCGGCCGGAAACAGUGUUGACCAAGAGGAGCAUGUUGGUUCUCUGCAGCCCUCUGGGCAAAGGGACCCUGAAACAGGUUCUGCUGGUCAAAAUCCUGUUAAUCAAGCAACUUCAGGGGUCUCAGAAGGCCUACCUAUAAACGUGGGUUCUGGAGUAAGGGUAGUGCCUAUCAGGACCAUGGUUGCAGCAGUACCUAGUGCCUUUGGUCGCUUACAUUCUGAUUCAUCUGGUGGCCCAUUAGGGUUAUACUAUCCAGUUAUUGGAAGAUUUCAACCUGUCACUCCUGGAAAUUUGAUCGAUAGAAGAGGAUCUCAAGCAUCCAGUGAAAAUCGACCAAAUGCCUCCCAAACUGAGCAGCAGCUUGUCCCUGGUACUGCUGUGCAACAUCAGAACGUUGACAUUGCUAGAGAUGGAUCAUUAACACCUUUCAGUUCAGGACAACAACAGCCACCUCAAUCACGUAGUUCCAAUAUUAACAUUCUGUCAAGUGCUGGGACCCAACACAACCAAGAAUCUGGGGGACAGAUUACCAAUGGAGUUGUUGAGUUUCUAAGGACCCUUUUUCCAGGUGGUGAAAUCCAUGUAGAAGAUGUCAGCUCUCAGGGAAUAGGUACAGGUUCUGUGACACAGCCUGCAGGCCCAACCAGCAGUGUUGGAGUUGUACAGGGGCCGGAUCCAAGACCCACGGAAGAAGGAAUUUUCUUGUCCAAUUUGCUUCAUCGUUUGAUGCCUUCCAUAUCUCAACUUGGAAGUUCGGAGCAAAAUGUUGUACGACAGGAAGAAGCAGUUGCUUCUGAGCAUGGGAAUGCUCAAGAUUCUUUUUUCCAAGCUGAGAAUUCUCAUGUUGGGACCUCUCGCCAACAGAGUGAUCUUGAAACGAGUCCCCCAAAUUCAAAACGUCAGAAGGUUCUGAGAGUUUCUUUGCUCCUCUCAUUUUGUAUUUUUUUCCGUCCUUUGUUUUUUGAUGAUACUGUUUUAUGAAAUUGCCAGUUCUAUUUUCGUAUGAGUUUUAGUUUUGAAGUUUUGAACCUCUUUCUUAGAUAUUGUCAAUAAGUGCAUAUAGAUUGGGUUGCCUAAUAAAUUGUACAAUCUUUGGUCUGCCUGUGCUUCUGUAAUCCAUUAAUUAUUAAUGACCAUUUGAUCUGGUAACUAUAGAAUCUUAUAUGAGCAUAGGCAACAUAUGAUGGCAAUCUAAUAUUGGAUUGGAUUUCCUGGCUGGAUAUUCACUAGAAAACAAAUGUGUUAGGAUUCAUCCUCUCCCUCUCUAAAUUGAGUGCACUUUCGAAUGAUAUUUAAUUUGGAUACACUGUUUUGAAAGAGUUUCAGUUAUACCCAAUUUUCCAGUUUGUACCGAUCCAUUCGUUCAUAGAUUUGAUUACUUGAUUUUGGACAUUUCUGGAACACUUCUUACAGGGGGGACAAAUAGUGAAUUUUGAAAGAACUUAUUGUUGACCUCCUCUUUCAGUUGUGAAUCUAUCCAAUUCAGAUAUACAUGACAGGUGCAAUUAGGUGUUACACCCAGACCAGAGGAUCAUAGGUUCAAGUCAUGAAUACAUCCUCCCCAAAUGUGGAGGGGAGACUGUCUAAUCAUGUCCUCCCCAGACCCCAAUAAUGGUGUGGGAGCCUUGUGCUGUAGGUAUUAUAUGGUUGUGGUAUGGGUAAUCUGGAGUUCAAUGGAGUGAAGAAGCAUGUGUAUACCAAACCUCUAAAAUAAGUUUACUCUGUGUUAAGCAUGUGUAACUGGUUUAGAUGUGUUUCCUUCCAAAGAAGGCCUAUGAAAAUAAUGAUUCCUAUGUUUGGGUGCCCCAUUAUGCUUGUUCUAUUUUUGUUGAUUGUGAUGUAUUUGAUUGAUUGAUUUAUUUUUUUGGUAAUGCAGAGAGAGUGAUUCAUCCUGAGACAAAAGGCUCAAGCAAUGGGACCAGUGCUGAAGACUGUUAUGACUUAAUGAUCCUGAAUGCAAGCAGGCUAGUGGCAUUUGUUCUUAUGAAUAGAGGGUAUAUUUCAUAUAGUUGAUGUUGUAUAUCAUACAUUUUUAUUUUUUUUAUUUUUUUUUCUGACUCAGAGGACCUGGGGAUACAUUCAUAGUUUCCCCCCCAUUGAGAUAAAUUUUUUCCCCCACAAAAAAAACAUACAACUGCAGAGAAUGCAAAUUGGAUUCAUAUGGCAAAGCACUAUUAGCAGCCAUUAAUUCUACUUGAUGCUUCUUUCAGAUAAGCAAAGAAUUUAUUAUUUUA